UUCACAUUCGGGCAGGAAAUGUAUGGUGAGGCCUCGUGAUGGAAAAAACAUCUAUGAUGGUCAACAGCACUUUCCAGUCUUUCGCCACUUGCCAACACAAACAGCAGUGGUUUCACAUCUGAACGGGUUCGCUGACCUUAUUUUAGUCUUUCCUUUGCAGAAAACUAAUGUUCUGACUGAAAGUGAAACUUAAUGUUAAUGCGCGGGUCCCGUUUAGUUAAAUCGCUUGAGUAGGAUGUUUGUUGCAGACAACGGGCAUACCGCAACAAGUCCGGCAACAUAACUGUUAAUACCUUCUUGAUUGGAACUGUUGGUUUAUAGAUGUGACUAGAACGGCAUCAAUAUUGGUACUUUGUCUUUAUGAUUCUACAAGAGCAACACUUGCAUCAUUACAGUUGGUGAGGACCCAGACAGUAAACACAAUGAAUAGCACCGACUCAAUGAUUACAGGAGGAGGGUCGGAUGAUAAAGCACAGGGCUGGAUUAUUGGUGACAUUGAAAACAGCGAUUUAAUUCGGAGCAUCUAUGGCAUCAUUGCAGCCAUAGGAAUCACAGGUAACUUUUUAGUCUGCUGGGUUUUACUACGUGUGCCUAGUUUACGAUCUAACACCAGUGAUUUCUUGGUUCAUCUUGCUGCAGUCGACCUCAUUGUGUGUUUAUGGACUGUUCCUUUCCAUCUGUUUCCACACGUACCAGAACACGAUCCAGGGUUCUGGGGUGAACUCAAGUGCCGUCUAUACUCAUCUAAAGCCCCACUAUGGACAUUUGCCUUGAUAUCCAUCUGCAGUUUGGUAACUGUGAACCUAGAGCGAUAUAUCGCCAUCGUCUACCCGAUUAAGUAUAAAAAUAUCUACAACCGCAGAAACACCAUUCUCAUGAUUGCUGCUUGCUGGGUGGUUGGCAUCAUCUCCAAUUCUUACUUCUGGUAUGCUUUUGGCGUCACCUCUUCAGGAGCUUGUGGUAUAAUUGGAUGGCCUUCUAAAGGUUUCCAGGUUCUACUUGGACUUUAUAACUUUGUCUCUUAUUACUUGGCACCGUUUACCUUUAUGGUCCUGACGCAAUGGAAAGUCAUAAAGACACUCAAGAGGCAGGCAAGAAUCUUAAAGGAAAAACGCAAACGAGCGAAUGGGCACUCUGUACAUGCUUCCCGAACCAACACAGAAUCUCGCAAGAUGUGGCAGGUCCAUGCAGCCCAGGAGCUUUCCAAGACGCUACUUCUUGUCACCAUCCUCUACACAGUCUGCUGGACUCCCAACCAACUCCUAUUCCUUGUCUUCAACUGCGGCCCCAACGACGUGGUUGAUUUCCAAUCUGUCUACUAUCACAUCACAGUGGUCCUCUCUGUCGCAAACUCCUGCCUUAAUCCCAUCAUCUACACCAUACAAAAUAGACCUUUCCGAAGGGGGAUACAAAAAGUGUUCGGGUGUUACCGAGUUCACCCGACGCAAACCGAAGGCCAGGGACUGGGGACCUCAGAGGGUUUGGGUUCCGAUAAUCUUGUGCUUGGACAUGGAGCUGGUGUUAUAACAGUAGAAAGUACAUGCACUAACAAUGAUAACCAACAAGUAGAUUGUCAAGGGGUUGAAGUCAAACCAUAGCAUGGCUUGAGUAUAACCAACCCCUUUUAGUUUGAUCAGCCGCCUGUCUAUAGCCGCUUGAAUCACUGACAAAGGGGUGCAUAGGCCUAUUGCUUCAUUUCCAAUGAUACAUUAAUAGAGAAAACAAUUUCUGUUCGUAGUGAUACAUCUUAUGACAUGAUGUUAUUGUUCAAACCAUUACGAUUAUAUACGCACCCAAAUAUUUCUUGAUAAAACCUUUUUAUUUUAUUUUAAGCCGCCUGUCUAUAGCCGCUUGAAUCACUGACAAAAAGGUGUAUAGGCCUAUGACUUCAUUUCUAAUGAUACAUCAAUAGAGAAAACAAUUUCUGUUUUAGUGACAAAUCGUAUGACAUGACGUUAUUGUUCAAACCAUUACGAUUAUAUACGCACCCAAAUAUUUCUUGAUAAAACCUUUUAUUUUAUUUUAAGCCGCCUGUCUAUAGCUGCUGAAUCACUGACUAAAAGUAUUACUUGCAAUUCCAUUUAUAACAUAAAAAGACUCAUAUUAUUGUCAUUGCAAAAUAAUUCAUGCCUUAGUGAAAAAUUACAUGUCAUGAUGUUUUUAUUAAAACCAUUUAAGGCCUAGCGCACCCAAAUGUUUGGGAAAUCGUGCACGUGCCACAUGUUGUAGUCAUCCAAUUUGUGGAUGUGUUUAGUAAUACUUUGCAAAUAGCUGACCAUUGCCAGAAGAUGCUGGAAUAACAAAACCCUUGCAAUCAACAGGAAACGUUAUAAGGUCAUUAACUUGUCUUGUACAUUAUUAUCAACAUUAACAUAAUCAGAUAUAAGUUUAAGGAAGUAUAGCAUCAACCCUUAUCAGUCGAUAAUUAUGGUACCAAUUUUCAAUUUGAAACGAAACUUGGCCUAAUUUUAGUUUCAAAAGACAAGAAUUGGCGUUGGUGUAAACUUCUUUUUUUUAAAGAAGUGAUUGCAACAGAAGUAUUAAAACAACCGCUGAGAAAUAAGUGUGCGUGGCACUCUGGUUGGCAUUUAACGUUCUCGCCACACAUCGGUUCAUUCUGUUCAUUAAGAAAUGACUUUCUUCAAUAAGUGUAUCAGAAAGAAAGUCGUUUGUUUGGAAAAUGAGCUCAUUCAAAUGGUCGCUUCGUUCAACUUCGUCAAUGAGCCCUAACAACUUCGACUUCAUUCUUGAAAACUUUAUCCAUAUUUGCGAUUACUCUGAUGUAGCCUAAUACGCCAUCGUUUCGGUGGCAUGUGCUUUCUAAGUUGCACUUGCCGAUUUAAAAACGUAAAUUUCUACGCGCAUUCAUUUAGAGUGAUUCUAUACAAAUCAUAUGCAAAUUUUGAACCCGAAGAUGGCGGCACAUCAAGGGUAGCAAAUCAUAAAUGAGUGAAAAGGAAGUAAUAAUACAGAAGAAACGAUGAAACCAAUAAAACACAAGGAAGGCAAAACUAUACCGGUAGUCAUUCAACCUCAAAUAUUAGUACAACGCAGAAUAAACAGUCAUUUAAGGACCAUUGCACUUAAGCAAACUUUCAAAACCUGCUAUUACAUUUCAAGUAGAGUCAAAUGGAAGUGGUUACGUGCAUUUGAAUACACAUCAACUUUUACAUGCAACGAAAGAGGCACCCAACUGAACUUAAAACAAGGAAUAAUUAUUAAUAUCAAUGUGUGUCUCACUUUACCACCAGGUUAAUAAUGUAAAUAUGACUGAAUUGUUCUCCCAUUUGUAGAGAAUGCCUGGACAUCGUUGUGUUUGUAACCCCCCCCCCCCCCCCCCACCCCAUACCCUGCGUAUAACGUGUGACAUGCAGUACGUAUAUAGGGUUGACACGUGCCGGAGGGAGCCCCUCCCCGCCCCCAAUUUGGAAUUCCAAAUCAGGAGUAAAAUAUUUACAUUUUGUUAGCAAUUAAUUGUGACAACUGUAAUGAUUUAAAACUACUUUUCUUAUUACAUGCAUUUUAUAUCAGACGGUUUUCAUAUUAAUUGUUGCGAUCUCCGUUAGGUUUUUAUACUUUUCAUAAAAUUUCAUGAAAUUCCUACAUGUUUUAUCUUUAGAUAUCUAUUAGAAUAGCAUAAUUAAAGCCCACUGUAGUAAUUAUUAUGGUCAAUCUUUAUAAAUUUCCGGGGUAGUGCUAUUAUUUUCUCUUGCAAUGUUAGCUCUGUAGUAAAAACCAAUGUUAUCUUCAUUUAUUUGUCUCACUCGGGCUUAUCCCGGUGCCGGGUUUGAACUUAAUAGUGAGCAAUACGAACUUCUGAUUAAAGUUGUUUGAUUUUAACGCUAUUUCGGUUUAACGUUGCAUCGGAUGUUUUGUUUUGAAAAUUGUGUGCAAUGUGUAUAUUGAUUUGAGGAAAUCCCAUUUGUUGUAAUAUAAUUGCCAAGGGAAAAAAUGACUCGAAUGAGGUAUUCGGCGAGGCAAAGAGUCCCAUAGCCGAAUGUUGGAAGCGCAUCAUGGGAUCGAUUUUACAAAGCACUUAGGACUAGUCCUAGAAGAUAUUCAAAAGUAAAGGCUAUAGUCCCAAGUUAGAAUAAGGAGUCCCAACUCUUUGUGAAUUCCACCUUCAUGAGAUUCCCAGAACACUUAAAGACACAAAAGAACUCUAGGGAGGGCAUCGUCAUGCCACACAUUAUUGUUUGUCACCAUAUACAUCAAAGCAAACAAGAAACAUACCGUACCAUACAAUAUACAUUACAUGCGGGCAGGAAUGGUUACUGAAACAAAACCAACCCUACCUCGAAACAGAUCACCGCAACUUGACACGCACCUUAAGAAUUGAACUACCAAGCGGAAAUUCCCCUGGGCGCAAUGACAAUAUUUCCUUCCUUCAUGGACAAAUUACUAUCUCGAUUGGCCAGCCACCUGUGUCUACACAAAACCUUCUACAUAUGGUUUUCAAUUUACGCCAAACAAACAUAACAAGAUGCACAAAACCUUCUGCACAAGGUUUUCAAUAUACAACAGACAUAACAAGAUGCAAUCUUUCCAUUCUUAUGUUUGAUUUUAAUGUAAACAUAAUUAUUACUCAUACAUUUCAUGAUGCUAAUAAUUUUAAAGAUGAUAUCUUUGAUACUCGUUUUGCCAAACUUUACUUUAAACAAAGAAAAUGAUAUUAAUCAUGCAAGUUAAUGGAAUGGCUAUAUACCAUGCAAUGAACUAUUUCAACCUUUUGGUGGACGAAGCAACUGAGUAAAAUAUUACACGGUAUUCUUAUUUUCUUGUCCCGCAAUGUGCAGGGCGAGU